AUGAACACCGAAGGGAACGGGCAGAGUGUUCUAAGCACAUUACCCAAGGAACUACCGUUAGACUUCUUGAGGACUAUCACAAAUCAGUUCUCAGAGGACCGUGUUCUUGGUACAGGUGCAUUUGGAACAGUUUAUACGGUCUUGAAGAGGCUUGCCGAAAAUGCUCCCCUCCCACGUGACAAAGCAAUUACCAAUGAGGUUCAGAAUAUCAUGGCUCUCAAACAUGACAACAUAGUAAAGCUGGUUGGGUUUUGCCAUGAAGGACAGAAGAGAGUGGUACUGAACAAUGGGAGGUAUAUUGUUGCAGAUGUUUUUGAAAGCCUACUCUGCUAUGAGUAUUUACCCAAGGGAAGCCUUCUGAAGAAUCAUUUUGACAGAUCCAAUAGCAUGGCUUGGGACACACGCUUCAAAAUAAUCAAGGGGAUCUGCAAUGGUUUACUUUUCCUUCAUAGGAUUCCCAUUAUCCAUAUGGACCUCAAGCCCGAAAAUAUAUUGUUGGAUGACAACAUGAACCCAAAAAUCGCGGACUUUUGA